AUGGCUUAUGGCCACGGAGGCUUCCAGGAGCGUAUAUUCUACUACGGCAUCGUGGCUGUUAUAGUACUGAUGUGCCACCACCGUGCCUUCUCGUUCAUCUCGCCUCCCGUGGAUCACUGGUGCAGUCCGACCAAGCAGUUCGCCAACCUCUCCGUGGCUGCAUGGAAGAACAUCGCUAUUCCGGUCGACGAGGCCGACCGCUACAGCACGUGUCUUGUCUACGUGAACCCCGGUCACAUCAAUGACACCACGGUGCAUUCCUGUGCUAAGUGGGAUUACGAUGGCAGCUCCAAACAGCAGUCCGUGCGCACUUUUUGGAACCUCGUAUGUAACAGAGCCUGGCUGGUAACUCUGGCGGAAGCAGUGUAUAUGAUUGGAGCAGUGUUUGUUGUGCCUGUGACGGGCUACGCCGCUGACACAAUGGGUCGCCAGCCGGUGAUCAUAGGAGCCGUGUUGGGACUCGUUUUAAGCUCUGCUGCGAGCUGCUCGGCAUAUUCGUUCGUGAUAUACCUUGUCGCCAGGUUCAUUAGCUCGGCGUGUGCCAGCACUGUGAACAUGCUGACCAUCAUCCUUCUCUUCGAAAUCAUACCACUCGAGUUGCGGACGUUCUACAUCGGCUUCGUCGCUUCCUUGGGCGUCGUCAUGAGCGACGUGUACUUCCUCGUGCUGAUGCCACUGAGAAAACACAUCAGCUGGCGCUUAAUGCAGAUGGUCGUUGUGGCACCCACUAUACUGCUGCUGUUGGGUCGCUCGGUCAUCCACGAGUCUCCGAUAUGGCUCAUUUCAAUGCACCGCAUGAGGGAUGCCGAAGCUGUUAUGCUUAAGGCAGCACGGUUAAACGGCGCACGGCGCGACGAUGCUGAAAGGUCCGUGGAAGCCUUAAUAGCCGACUUGAGCAGGACUGGUGCAAACCUAUCCAUCUCCGUCUGGGAAACCAUCAUGUCGGCAACGAUCCGCGUGAGAGUGAUCAGUGUAUUCUUUUCGAACUUUACCAUCAUGUUCGCUUUUUUUGUCAUCACUGGAAGCAGGCUCCUUCAGGGGCAGGGUAUCGUCAAGAUGGUCUCCGUCGCCGUCCUUGUUCUGGGCUACCUGGCCAUGUACCUCGCCUUGAACUACUUCGGGCGGCGGAAGCUGCUGACGGUCCUGCUGGCUCUCCUGGGCGGAGUGAGUGCGCUUUGUGGCGUUAGCAUCUAUGCGCAACAAGUCGAGGUGUCGUACGUCCUAUUGAUUGCUGCCAAGGCCACGGCAAGCGUCCUGAUUCCGACCAACUUCCUUUACAUCGCAGAACUCUUUCCCACCACCAUUCGCAGUGCUGUUUUGUGCGGCGCUUAUGCCUGCGGCCGCGUAGGAGGUGUGCUGGCCGCAUGUGUGGCGCAGCUGAUGUACAUCGGCCGAGAGGAUUUGGGUUUCGCGAUUGCAGCCUUCGGAGCCCUCGUCAACAUCGUGGUCGUGAUGCAACUACCCGAGACCAGUGUCGGCACCGAAGCCAUCGGAGAAGUGAAAAAGCGCAAGGACCUCCUCAACAUGAUGCAGCGAAGCUUGGCGCCGCUGCGCCGUAACGAUCAACGAACUCGCAGCAAGAAGGCUUUAGGUGGCACGACUAAUUAG